AUGAAAUGGGCGUGGUCGUGUUGCACUUCCGUUCGAGCAGACAUUUUUGUCGUUCCGAUUGACGGUAAACAGCACCUCUCCCACUCGAGCCGCCCCAACGCGAAGAAAGCACUUUUUAAUCGUUCCCCGACGAAUAACGUCAAAGCAGCCAAAAUGUUUUACACGUGUGGACCCAAUGAAGCCAUGGUGGUCUCAGGCUUUGGCCGCUCUCCUCCUCUGAUGAUCGCCGGAGGACGAGUGUUUGUCCUCCCAUGUAUUCAGCAAAUCCAGAGGAUCACACUGAACACGCUGACGCUAAAUGUGAAGAGCGACAAAGUGUACACCCGCCACGGUGUCCCCAUCUCCGUCACGGGCAUCGCUCAGGUGAAGAUCCAGGGCCAAAACAAGGAGAUGCUCGCCACCGCCUGCCAGAUGUUCAUGGGCAAGUCGGAGCCCGAGAUCGCCCAGAUCGCCCUGGAGACGCUGGAGGGCCACCAGAGGGCCAUCAUCGCUCACCUCACCGUGGAGGAGAUCUACCAGGACCGCAAGAAGUUUUCGGAGCAGGUCUUCAAGGUGGCCUCCUCGGACCUGGUCAACAUGGGGAUCGGAGUGGUCAGCUACACCCUCAAAGAUGUCCAUGAUGAUCAGGACUACCUCCACUCCUUGGGCAAGGCCAGGACAGCCCAGGUGCAGAAGGACGCCCGCAUCGGAGAGGCUCAGUACAAGCGGGACGCCGUCAUCAAGGAGGCCCAGGCCAUGCAGGAGAAAGUGUCUGCUCAAUACAAGAACGAGAUCGACAUGGCCAAAUCCCAGCGGGACUACGAGCUGAAAAAGUCCGCCUACGACAUGGAGGUCAACACUAAGAAGGCGGAGUCGGAAAUGGCCUAUCAGCUUCAGGUGGCCAAGACCAAGCAGCGCAUCGAGGAGGAGACCAUGCAAGUGCAGGUGGUGGAGCGCAGCCAGCAGAUCCUGCUGCAGGAGCAGGAGAUCAUCCGCAAGGAGAAGGAGCUGGAGGCCAAGGUCAAGAAGCCGGCCGAGGCCGAGAAGUAUCGUCUGGAAAGGCUGGCCGAGGCCCAGCGCCUGCAGCUCAUCAUGGAGGCCGAGGCCGAGGCCGAGUCCAUCAGAAUGAAGGGCGAGGCGGAGGCCAUCGCCCUGGAGGCCAAAGGCCGCGCCGAGGCUGAGCAGAUGUCCAAGAAGGCCGAAGCUUUCCAGCAGUACGGUGAAGGAGCCAUGGUGGACAUGCUGCUGGAGAAGCUCCCUCUGAUGGCCGAGGAGAUCAGCAAGCCGCUGUCGUCGGCCAAAAAGGUCACCAUGGUGUCCAGCGGCGGCGCGGACGUCGGCGCCGCCAAGCUGGCCGGCGAGGUCCUGGAGAUCAUGACCCGCGUGCCCUCGGCUGUGGAGAAGCUCACCGGAGUGGACAUCUCCCAGGUUACGGGCCAGUCCCUCCGCGUGCAUUAAGAUGACAUCACGCCUCCUCCCCCCGGUGCCUUGUUGAGCAGUCCCGCGACGCCAUCUCCCUUCGUGCAUGUGGGCCUCAUCCAACCGCGUGUGUCCGUCGUCUCCUCUUCAUAUCUCUUGACAGGUGCUUUUACGGCCGCCGCCGUGGCGCCAGAAAGCCUUUUCCGAUGCGUUUAAAAGAGUCAAUCAUAUGUUUGUCUAUUGGAUGAGGCAGCCUCGCUUUCAUGUCCCCUCCGUUAGUCUGUGAAAUCAAGUUAGCGUUUCGCACGGCGCCGCGUCGUUAACGCCCAGCUGAGCUCCAAAUGCGUGCCAAAGAGUGGCUGGGCCUCACUGAAAAGAACAAGUGGUCACUUUG